CUGGGAUUUAGAAACGUUUGAAUUGAUUGGAUCCGCCAGACCUGAGGCUACUGGGGUUCGCUCAAUUACCUUUCAUCCUGAUGGGAGAACCCUUUUUUGUGGAUCAGAUGAAGCUUUGAAGGUUUAUUCAUGGGAACCUGUAUUUUGCCAUGAUUCUGUUGAUAUAGGAUGGUCCACGCUUGGUGACCUUUGCAUUCAUGAAGGAAAACUUUUGGGUUGUUCAUAUUAUCAAAAUUCUGUUGGAGUUUGGGUAGCAGAUAUUUCGCAUAUUGAGCCAUAUGGAGGUCUAACUGUACCAGAACAAGACAAUCGCAUGGAAAAGAAACAGGAUUUCAAUGAAAGUCAUCCCUUGGAGAAAGUAGGGAAUGGUUUGAGGUCAACUUUGGGGUUAUUCUCCAUGUCUUCUGAUGAUGAGACAAAAGAUAUAAAAAACAUAUACAUAGACACUACUGCUGGAAAUUCUUUUGCUUCACAGAGAGUUGGCUCUUUAAAUUCUCCAAAAUUGAUGCUCCCAUUGGAUCCAAAUGAGACAAGUAAUUUGCCAACAGAAAAACAGAGUCCAGUGGUAGAGAUUCACCUAAAAUCUAAUGGACAAGCAGUUAACAAAUCAAUCUUUGUGCCUAGUGUUGUGUCUAGGGAUAGUCCCGUUGAGAAGGACACUUCCAAAUCUGGAAAAGAAUCUAUCACUUUUUCAAGGACAAAACCGGGUAUGUUGCUUAGGCCUGCUCAUUCCAGGAAGCCAUCUAAUAGCAAGCAUGAAAUUGGAAAUUUGUCAGCAGAAUCUGAGUCUGUGACUCUAAGCAAUACAAAAAGCAAGUUAGAUAGUGAAAGGCACCUGAAUUCUGAGACGACAAUCAAAGCAGAGGAUGGAGCUAUUAAAUCUUGUGAAGAUAAGUGUGUAGACAUCAAGCUUGCUGCAGAAAACUUUGAGAAGACUUUAUCAUCACUGACAACCCAUAAACAAGAAACUAGUAAUGAUUCUCGUGAUUGCAACAAAGAUACAACCUGUGUUAAAUUUGUAAAUGGAGUGGCAGUUGUUCCAGGAAGAACUCGCACUCUGGUAGAGAGGUUUGAAAGAAGAGAGAAAUUUAAUAGCAUUGAAAGUGAGACAACUGAAACAGAUAAAACACCAACCAUGAUGAAAGCAGAGACUCAAACAGAAAGGCAAUUGGCAUCCACUGGUAAUCAAAGUACUACUGAAAGUAUUCUUUCCAGAAGGAAAUCAACCUCUCCUGGUGAUAUGACCUUUCUUGAUGGUCAAGUUACUAGAACAGCAUCAACCUUGGCCAACGACAGGGAGGUUGCUACUGUUACUGGAAGCCAAUUGACCCCUUCUGGUAGUCAAAAUAUCACUGAAAGUCAACUUUCUAGAAUGGUUUCAACCUCUACUGAUGAUAGGACCACUCUUGGAAGUCAAAUUAAUAGAAAGCAAUCAACCUUUGCCAGUGAAAGGAAAGUUACCAUUAUUGAGAGUGAAAGUUCUGGAAGGGAGUUAACCCCUGUUGGUGAUGAGAUAGUAUCUCGAAGUCAAAUUAGCAGACAGGGGUCUAGCUUUGCUAAUGAUAAGAAAGUUGCUGCCACUGAAAUCCAAACUUCUAAAAGGGAAUCAACCUCUCAGGGCAAUGAGACUAUUCUUGCAAGUCAAGUUAAUAGAAUGGGAUCAACCUUUGCCUAUGACAGGAGAGUUACCAUUGCUGAGAGUGGAAGAAAUUCUAAAAGAGAAUCAGUCCCUGCUGGUGAUGAGCUCAUAUUUGGAAGUCAAAUUAGUAGACAGAGAUCAAGCUUUGCUAAUGAUAGGAAAGUUUUUAAUUCUGAAAUUCAAAAUUCUAGAAGGGAAUCAACCUCUCCUGCAGAUGGGACUGUUCUUGCAAGUCAAGUUACUAGAAUUGGAUCUGCUUUUGCUCAUUAUAGGAAGGAUUCUAUUACUGAAAUUCAAAUUUCUAGAAGAGAAUGGGCCACUGCUGGUGAUGACAAUGUUAAAGGGGAAUCUGUCUCUACUAAUGACAGAGAUAUUACUGAAAACCUGAUGGAGACUCAUGAUGUAUUCUUAAGCACACUACGCUCACGCUUAACUAAAUUACAGGUGGUGAGGCAUUUUUGGGAGCGGAAUGACAUUAAAGGAGCUAUCAGUGCCUUGCAGAAACUUCCAGAUCAUUCUGUGCAAGCAGACAUAAUCAGUGUUCUCAUGGAAAAAAUGGAGAGCUUCACGUUGGAUCUUUUUUCUUCCUUGCUUCCCGUACUUAUGAGCAUGCUGGAUAGCCAAAUGGAGAGGCAUGUUAGUGUCUCGUUGGAUAUGCUUCUGAAGCUUGUAGCAGUUUUUGGUCCAGUAAUACACUCGACAAUCUCAGCACCUCGUGCUGUUGGUGUUGAUCUUCAUGCCGAGCAGAGGUGCCGUUCUUGAAUAUUAUGAGGGGCAUUAGUCUCAGUUUCUCCAGAACUACUGUUUGAUGAAAGUUAUUUUUUUGUUUUUGCUUGUUUUAUCCAAACUUUUUUCUCACAGGCGAGAAUGGUGCAAUCAAUGCUUUAUGCAACUACAAAAGAUUCAGAAACUUCUUCCAGCAAUCAUAAGGAGAGGUGGAGUGCUAGCAAGAAGUGCUCAGGAAUUGAAUCUACUUCUACAACAAUUGUAAUGCCAUGGCAGCAUCUCUCACUGAAACACGAAACAAUGGUUCCACUAAUACUCCUUACAACAAGAUACAAUAUGUGGGUGGCUUUAUCACAACUCUCUUCUUAUACUGCAAAACCUCAGGAUUUUGUCGUGCCCCUUCCUGGCGUUCUUGUCUCAUCCUCACGUCCAUCAGUAACACAAGCACUAGCUUUGAGUCAGUUCCUUCACUUGCAGCUCCAACUGAUCAAGGAUGGAAAAAGAUACCUAGAAACCUCGGUGUUUUUUUGGGCACUACUCGAGAAUAUCCUCAUUGUCAUUCUUCAAUUUGUGAUAUUGUUGUCUGUAUCAUUCAAAUACAUGUAAUUUUGCGGCAAUUCAAGUGUAUACUGCUCCUCUAAUAUUCAAUGAAAAUCUGAGAAGGAAGCAAGUCACCCAGGAUCGGACUCC